AUGAGUGCUUUGUGCCUGUCGUUGCUGUUUGCCUGUCAGCCGGUCGUGUUUAGCCGAGGUCUGCAGGACGAGCGCAGUGAGUUUUGGUGGUCGAAAGGGUAUCCCGGGCAUCCGAACGAUAUCGAUUACGGCCGAUAUCCGGCAGCGAGUGGCCCCCGAUCGUCGGCAGCGACACCGGAAGCACGCGCGUCCUGGAGCUACUCGAUCAAGGAUGCGGUUGGGCCACCAAACUGGAGCAUCGUGGCACCGGCAUGCGGUGGCCUGUACCAGAGCCCGAUCAACAUCGUCACCAAAGAGACACUGUUGGUCCGCAAGAAGGUGCCACUGGAGCUGGAAGGAUUGCGCAACCUGCCGUCGGCGAUGACGGUCGAGAACGAGGGAACGUCGGUGAAGUUCGAGCCACACUGGAGUGGCCGUACUCGGCCGACGCUUCGCGGAGGACCCCUGCGGAAUAAGUACAUCUUCGAGCAGCUCCACUUCCACUGGGGUCCACAGAACACGCUCGGGUCGGAGCAUUCGCUCGAUGGGCAAAAGUACCCGCUCGAGGUGCACCUGGUGUUCUACAACGGUCUGUACGGUUCGUUCGACGAGGCCAAACGCGAAGUGCACGGCCUGGCGGUGGUUGCCUUUUUCUACGAAGUCGUCCCCAACUCCGAGGACUACUCGCUGAACCGGUGGACCAACUUCCUGCCACCGGUUCGCCAGUCCGGCUCCGCGUUGGAGCUUUCGUUUAGCAAAUCGUUCUCGCUGAACAGUGUGAUCGGUGCCAUGGGAUGGCCGUACUACUCGUACGAGGGUAGCCUGACGACCCCACCGUGCCUGGAAACGGUCACCUGGAUCGUGGCCUCGAAGCGGCUCGCCAUCACGGAACGGGAGAUGAAUCUGCUCCGAUCGCUGGACGGGGCUACCGGGGGCCCGUUGGUGCAGAACUACAGGCCCACUCAGCCGGUUAACAAUCGACGUGUUUUCCGGUACUAG